UUAAAGCACUUCAGUAUUUUAAAAGUUAACAGAAGUUAUUCUCAAAGAGACUGCUUUCAUCUGUAUAACUAGCUAGGGGCAUGAGAAAAUGUCUCUUGAUUUUAAUAAAUGUGAUCUAAUUACAGAGGCAGCAUGGAAAUAGAGGCGCCUGCCUACUAGAAAGAAGGCACGGACGGAGGAAAGGCCCACAGGACCACAGGGAAGGUCAAGAAAAACGUGAAGGGGACUGCUUGAGCACCACUACCCUUCAAUAAGGAGAAAAAUCAUUGCAUGUGAACUCGAGGUGACAGAAGACACAUUUCUUAACUGGCUUGCACUGAGAACUGAUUCCUGCACCAACUCAGCAUGGCCUACAGAGGAGGAGGUGGGCAUGGGCAGCGCCCCUCAGUGAUGCCGUCCACCAACAGCACCCGCACACACAAUAUAUGCAUGGUCUCUGACUUUUUCUACCCCAACAUGGGAGGUGUGGAGAGCCACAUUUAUCAGCUCUCUCAGUGCCUCAUUGAGAGGGGGCACAAGGUCAUAAUUAUCACCCAUGCUUACGGAAAUCGAAAGGGCAUCCGUUACCUCACCAAUGGUCUCAAAGUUUAUUACUUGCCUCUCAGAGUCAUGUACAACCAAUCUACAGCCACGACUCUCUUCCACAGUCUGCCAUUGCUCAGGUACAUAUUUGUCCGGGAGAGAGUUACAAUAAUCCAUUCCCACAGUUCUUUUUCUGCCAUGGCCCAUGACGCUCUCUUCCACGCCAAGACAAUGAGGCUUCACACAGUUUUCACAGAUCAUUCCCUUUUUGGAUUUGCUGAUGUCAGUUCUGUGCUUACAAACAAGCUUCUAACUGUGUCUCUCUGUGACACAAAUCACAUCAUUUGUGUCUCUUACACAAGCAAGGAAAACACUGUACUGCGGGCAGCCCUGAACCCUGAAAGAGUGUCCGUCAUUCCUAACGCUGUAGAUCCCACUGACUUCACCCCAGGACCACUUAGGAGGCAUGGCGGUGUAAUAACGAUUGUUGUCGUGAGCAGACUGGUUUACAGAAAAGGGAUCGACUUGCUUAGUGGUAUAAUACCCGAACUCUGUCAGAAAUAUCCCGAGUUAAAUUUCCUAAUUGGGGGAGAGGGACCAAAGAGCAUCGUUUUGGAAGAAGUACGGGAAAGAUACCAACUACAUGACAGAGUGCAUCUUUUGGGAGCUUUAGAACACAAGGAUGUCAGAAAUGUCUUAAUUCAAGGACAUAUUUUUCUUAACACCUCCCUGACCGAAGCCUUCUGCAUGGCGAUCCUAGAAGCCGCCAGCUGUGGUCUACGGGUCGUCAGCACCAAGGUUGGUGGGAUUCCUGAAGUGCUUCCGGAGAAUCUUAUUAUUUUAUGUGAACCUUCAGUAAAAUCUUUGUGUGAAGGGCUGGAAAAAGCUAUUUUCCAAGUGAAGUCGGGGAUGUUCUCAGAUGCAGAAAAUAUCCACAAUGUAGUGAAGGCUUUCUACACCUGGCGGAAUGUGGCCGAGAGGACCGAGAAAGUGUACGAGAGGGUGGCGGAGGAAGCUGUGCUGCCGAUGCACGGGAGGCUGACCAGGCUCACCUCUCACUGUGGCCCACUUACAGGCCACAUUUUUGCUUUGCUGGCUGUCUUCAGCUAUCUCUUCCUCAUGUUCCUGAGAUGGAUGACUCCCGAUUCUGCCAUCGAUGUGGCAAUAGAUGCCACUGGGCCAAGGGGAGCGUGGACUCAUGAAUGCCCUCGUGAUACAAAAGGAGAUGAGAUCGACAAGGUAUCCAAGAGCGAGCCUGAACUGUAAACUUUAGACAGUUCUAUUAAUACAGCUGAAAAAGAACCUUGUGCUUUUGUUUUGGGGCUUCGAAGGUAACCUGGUAAACCAUGCUACCUCUGUAGCAUUCACCGGUUCAUUUGAGGAAAGCCGAACACUCACAUGAUUCCUGAGCUUGGAAGCUCCUUGCACUCCUUUGAGGGAGACCAGUUGGGCCACUCAGGUCUGAAAGUUUCAGACUACUGAAAUCCCUCCAGUUGGGAGCCUUGGGUGCUAGGUCAUUUUUGGCCAGUUUUUAACAUUAUACCAUCAAUUCAACAACCACCAGACACACAUAAGCUUUCUUUAGGGAGAUGUAAAGCUAUGUGAACUAUUUGAAGUCAAGUUGAUGUUUCUUUAUUAGACCCUGAGAUUAUACUCUUACACAUAGGUCUACUCAGUAAGUGUACCAUACAAUCUGAGCAACUUGCCAACAUGUUUUGAGUGCCUGCUCUGUAUGAAAUAUUGGACAGGUAGUGCCUGCCACUUAGGACUAGUUAAUGUGAUGCAGUCAAACAGUUAACAUGUCCCAAAUGCUCAAGUUACUUAAUUUGAGGAAAAUGCCACAUCACAUACUCUUAGUACCUCUCUAAUCCUGCUGUAUGCAUUCUCCUAGGUGGACACUUCAUAUCAUGUGCGUAUGAAGAGAUUUUGCUUUUCAAGUCCUAGGGGCUGGUACCACUGUUGUAGGCUUAAAAAAAUUACUUAUUAUUGUUGUGUGUUUAUGACAUGUAUGUAGGGUAGAACAAUGUGUUUCUGUAUACCUUGAUUAUAACUGUCAGUGUAUGUAGAAACACACUGUUCCACCCAGCUAUUUAUAAUUAACGUGAAGUGAACAUUGAGGAAUUUUCUAAAAAGUUGUAUUUUUUUUAACUGCAUUGCUUCUGAUGUUAUAGUCGCAUGCAUAAACCAAGGCUGUUAAAACAUGCUCGUGACCAAAAAUAAAGACAAGAAUUUGACAUUUUAA